GAGCCAGCCGCGCUGCCGUGCACCGCCGCCGCGCCCGCCCCAGCCCGGCCCGGCCCCGCGGCGGGGCGCGAUGAGCCCGAGCCCGAGCCGGCCCGCCGGGGAGUGAGCGCGGGGCGCGGAGGGCGCGUUGCGCAGCUGCUCCUGCGCACAACCCCGCCGCCGCCGCCGCCGGCCCGCACUGGCAGUGAGUGUGAGAGGCUCGUCCGUGCUGAGCUCCCGGCGCUGGGAGCGGGAGCAGGAAGCGCAGGCCACGCAGGGACCCAACUGAAACAAAGUGUCGGCCGCCCGGCGGCGGCGGCGCCUCGCCCCGACCCUGCCCCUCCCGCCCGCCCGCAACUCCGCCGCCCACCAUGGCUUCCGAGGAGCUGUACGAGGUUGAAAGGAUCGUUGACAAAAGGAAAAACAAAAAAGGGAAGAUAGAAUAUCUGGUUCGGUGGAAAGGCUAUGACAGUGAGGACGACACUUGGGAACCAGAGCAGCACCUGGUGAACUGUGAGGAGUACAUCCAUGAUUUUAACAGACGCCACACCGAAAAGCAGAAAGAAAGCACACUAACCAGAACCAAUAGGACCUCUCCAAACAAUGCCAGGAAACAGAUCUCCAGAUCCACCAACAGCAACUUUUCUAAGACCUCUCCUAAGUCACUAGUGAUUGGCAAAGACCACGAGUCCAAAAACAGUCAGUUAUUUGCUGCCAGCCAGAAGUUCAGGAAAAACACAGCUCCAUCUCUUUCAAACCGGAAGAACAUGGACCUAGCAAAAUCAGGUAUAAAGAUACUUGUGCCUAAGAGUCCCAUUAAGAGCAGGACCGCAGUGGACGGCUUUCAGAAUGAGAGCCCUGAGAAACUGGACCCCAUCGAACAGGGUCAGGAGGACACAGUAGCACCAGAAGCAGCAGCCGAAAAGCCAGUCGGAGCCUUAUUGGGCCCUGGUGCAGAGCGAGCUAGAAUGGGGAGCAGGCCCCGAAUACACCCAUUAGUGCCUCAGGUGUCUGGCCCCGUGACUGCAGCCAUGGCCACGGGAUUAGCUGUUAACGGAAAAGGUGAGUGUCCAGGUGAGCUGCUCAGCAGGCAGCGGCCCUGUCGAUGCCACGGGCUGUUUCUCAGCAUGCUGGCGAUUUUCUCAAGCUUUGCUUGCUGCCUCCACUGGACGAGGAGCAUCUACUUCUCUAUUGAUGACUCAGGGCCAGGCACUCCGCUGGGCUGUGUGCAGCAGAUAAGGGCUGGGCGUCUGCUGACUCCAGGCCCGCGGAUGGCAAGCCAGCCCAUGGGCCAAGCCCAGCGCCCCGCCUGUUUCUAUACGGCCCGCAAGCUAAGAAUGGCUUUGACACUUUCUAAUGUUUGA